UCUCUCUACCUCCUAUUGGUUGAAUCAGCUGGACAGUCUUCAGGAGCUCCUUGUUGUCUUGCUCUAAUUGUGGACCCUGUACACUGGAUUCUUUGCGCUGAAAAAUGUCGGAAGCAACGGUUGCGGACACCCGUCGUUUAAAUUCUAAACCCCAGGAUCUCACGGAUGCAUAUGGGCCUCCGAGUAACUUUCUCGAAAUCGACGUAUUUAACCCACAGACAGUUGGGGUCGGUAGGAACCGAUACACAACGUACGAGGUCCGAAUGCGGACUAAUCUUCCUAUCUUUAAACUGAAGGAAUCUUGUGUACGGAGAAGAUACAGUGAUUUUGAGUGGCUGAAGAAUGAAUUGGAAAGAGACAGUAAGAUUGUGGUGCCUCCACUACCUGGAAAAGCCUUGAAGCGUCAACUCCCAUUUCGAGGUGAUGAAGGCAUUUUUGAAGAGUCUUUCAUUGAGGAGCGACGACAAGGUCUUGAACAGUUCAUUAACAAAAUUGCAGGUCAUCCCUUGGCACAGAAUGAGCGCUGCCUCCAUAUGUUUCUGCAAGAAGACACAAUCGACAGGAACUACAUCCCUGGGAAAGUACGCCAGUAGUCGGGUGUCUCCAGUAGCUGUUUUCUUCCAUUCCACCUUCCCACUUGUGCAAAAUAACAAUUAUUUUUACACUAAAAAUAUAAAAGAAGCUUUCACUUCUAAACUUUUUAAUUUCUUUUUGUUUGUCUUUUUUAUUUAUCAUCAGUAUUACUUGGGUAAAGACUGGAAUCUUGCAUUUGUUGUUCUGCCAGUAAAGCUGUACUAUGGGUGAUGUUCAAAGAAAAGCUUGUACAUAAUUUGUAAACAUCUGCCAAGCAGUUUAGUUUAGCAUUACAGAUGCAGUAAGGUGGCCUGUGGGUUUUUUUUUCUUCAUUUAAAUGAAAAAAGCAUGCAAAAUAUAAUUGGAUAAUGAGAACAGGGUGAGUAUUUCAAUGAUGGAGUGAUCAAUGGCUGUUGUACAUUUCUUUAUAGUACCUCAUUGAUCUUAUGUUUUUUUUAUUUCUCUUUCAAGUUCUCACCACUGAUUGUUUUCUGUUGCACAUCUUUAUGUGCUGUAUUUCCAAUCCCAAACCCAAGAUGCCAACAUGUAGACAUGUAUGACCUGCAAGAAAUGCAGUUCAAUAAUACUUUGGUUUUAAAGGGAUAUGCAGGUAAAUUAAUGCAUUGGAAAAAUAUGAACAAUGCUGUGUAAGAGUAUCUGAAGUAAACGUUCAAUUUAUAUUAAUUUAACAAUGCUGCUAUCUCUUCUUUUAAACAGAGUUGAUUUCACUUAAAACUUCAGACUGUACUGUUUAUUCUUGCUAUUUGCCUAAGUUAUCAUUAAUUUUUUUUCUCAUUAGUAUUUCAAUUAUACUUUUUAAAUAUUUGCUUGAAGUAGUUUCAAGUAAUUUACUAUUCAUAUCCCCUUUAUGAAAUUGUAAGGUUUAGGUUGUAGUAUGGAAAGGAGCGGUUGAAGGCAUGUGUUUUGUAAUAGUACAUAAUAUAUAAUAUUUAUAGAGCAGAUUUACAUAAAAGGCUAUUACAUAGAAUGGAAAAGGCUGAGACUCGUACCUUGCACUGUGCGCUUUGGAUUUGUAUUGUCAUAGGUUAGUUUAGAAAAUCAAGAACACACAAUUGACCCUUUUCUCUGCCAGAUAUCCUUAAUAACCAAGAAGUAAACAGUUGCUUUUUCUAGGCUAAAUAUUUUUUUCAGUGAUGCUGAGAUUCUGUGCAAUCAAUCUGGAUAAUAACAGUUUAAUUGUAAGGCACAUCACGAUUAAGCCAAUGCUGCCACAACACAGGUGAAUCAACAAGCUACACUCAGCUCUCUGAUUUUUGUAUGUAUAUGUAAAUAUUGUAUGUAUGUAUGUGUAAAUCUCAAAAUUAACAAUGAGCAAAAUGCCAAAAAACAUGCUGUUAGGUUGCUUAAAUUCAAGCAUAGGUAUUUUGCUUAAUAUGUGGCACUCUGAUCCUUUUUAAAGUGGUUUGUUUGCCUGCAGUUCCAACACUGCAUACCAAUUAAAUGUUGCAAAAGCUGCUUGGAACUAAUAACUGAGAAAUCCACCCUAGAAUAUUUCUUCUCAUUAUUUUGGGCAGACAUGUUUAAUGUAAUUUUUUACCUGCCUCAACACACUUAUUUUAUCAAUUAUUGAGAAGUAGCAUAAAGGUGUUUGUCAGAGUCCAUUAUUGAUCAUAAAAAUGCAGUUUCUCCAUGACUAACAUCUUUGUAAAUUAUUUUCUUCUUAUUUGUCACCCACAUAAUUUCACUUUUUUUUCUAUGGUGGAAAAAAUACUGUGCAACACACCAAAGCUGCCUCUAAGUGAGGAUGUUGCUGCAGCAGCAGUCCCAGUCAUGCACAUUACACAAAUUUAUGUUCUUUGUUAUUACCCUUUGCUUAGGUGCAGUUUAUAGAAAGGACAAUCAUGUUGAUGUCUUAAACACAUGGUAGAUAACGUGUGGUCUUGUGUCUAUCUAUUACUGUAUCAGCUCUAAAACCACUGUCACCCUGAAGGGAAAUGAUCUAUCUUAUAUAUAUAUAUAUAUAUAUAUAUAUAUAUAUAUAUAUAUAUAUAUACCCACUUAAUAUAAUUGAUAGAUAUGAAAUUGAUCUCUUUGGUUCAUAGUCCCAGGUUGCUAUUCCUGCUGAAAUCCAAAUGUACAGAUCAUGGUCAUGCGACAGUUUUCUGAUCAUUGAAAAUUUAGUGUUUUUUUUUUUUUCUUUUUCUUUGAAUACAACUUUAAAUUUUGUAUGAACAAACUUCACUUGGGUUUUUUGUGUUACUGUUGCCAAAUAACUCUAUUUUUUGCUAGAUUGAGACAAUUUACAAUAAAGUGCUUUAACCCCUCUCCCCGUCAGCAGCCACCAAUUUCCAGUGGCUUUCAGAUAAUUCAGAGUGGACUGCAUUUAAGUCUUGUGCAUUUGUUGAUGCAUGAAGUCUCGGGUUAUUUCCAUCUGAUUUAACUAUGUAUCAAAUUAAAAAGAAAACUGGGACAUAUCUUCCUUUA